UCAUUGGCGUAUUCCCUCGCGUGACGUCAUCGAAUGUCGGCGGAGUUGUCUUUGCACGUACGAGUUUUCGUGAGUAACUGCAAUGGGAUAAACGUUCGGACGAGAUAGCGAGAUCGCUCCGUGACGAGCGCGUGUUGUUCUUGCGGGACGACGCAAAAGUCAACUUAAUUCUCCUCGCGCGAAUCAUCCCGGCCAAUGCAUCGCGUGUUAUCAUCGAUGUCGAUCGGUUCGUGUGCGCAGCUACUUCCGAGUUUACGUCUGCGAAAUGUCCCGACGGAAUAUCGAUAUGGAUCACAUCCUCGCGCGGUUGUACGCCCCUUUCGCUACGUGAUGAUAUCGCGCGUGAUACUGUUGCGAUUAUAAUUAGCGCGCGAUCAUAAUUGAUCUCUCGUUUCGCGAGUGUUGUGUUGACGAUGCGAUCUGAGAGGAGGCGGAGGCCCGGGGGGCAUCGGGCAACGGCGGAACAACCCUCUGGUAGUUACAAUUCCGCUGCUGCGCGUCGUGAUGUCGGAGCCACCGUGGUGUCUUGGCGAGUGAAUAACCAGGAACAGCUGUUCGUUAGUAAGCAAGCUGUUUUCGACGGAAAAAAAGCGAUUAGGGGCGGCAUACCGUUCGUCUUUCCACAAUUCGGAUCAUGGACGUUCGGGCCACCCCACGGCUUCGCCAGGAUCAUUCGUUGGAACGUGGAUAAGUCGCCGGAGCGAAUGCCCAGCGGGGACAUCGAGGCGAUAUUCUCGCUAAUAGACAGCGAAUUCACGCGAUCGCUGUGGAACUCACAGUUCAGGGUAACAUACAGGCUAAUACUGCGCGAGAAGGAGCUGCAUUUCAAUAUCGGCGUGUACAACCCUAGCAGAGAAGACACCUUCAGCUUUAAUCUGCUCCUACACACGUAUUUCAAGGUACCCGAUGUCAGGAGAUGCCAAAUCACAGGACUGCACGGGUGCACGUUCGUCGACAAGACUAGGGACAACCAAAUCUUCCAAGAGGGCCGCGACGUCGUGACGGUGUGCGAAUGGACCGACCGGAUCUACCAGAACACGCAGCCGGAGCAUAUCAUCACGAACGUCGUUUCCGGUAGGAAGAUGCGCGUGCAGAAGUACAACUUUCCCGACACGGUCGUUUGGAAUCCCUGGCAGGAGAAAGCGCGCGACAUCCCGGACUUCGGCGACGACGAAUUUCCCAAUAUGAUAUGCGUCGAGAGCGGCCACGUCAGUAGUCCGGUUAUACUAUUGCCAGGAACGGCCUUUGAGGCGAGCCAGAUAUUACAGGUGAUGUGAGUAGAGAGUGGACCGACGUCGCACGUCAAUGCCGGAGGCGGUACCAAUUCACUGCUUCCGACGUCUUCAGCAUCGUCCGCGGUCUGGCCAACUGGUACAGGGUGGCUUUACAUGCCGCCUCCGCCGCCACCUCCGCCACCCCCGCCGCCACCUCCGCCGCCCCCGCCGACGCAUCCAUCGCAUCUACACUCGCAUUGCAUUGCCCAGACUUGCACGAUAUGUUCUCUGAAUCUUUAGGAAUCUUUAGACAUGAGGUCAAGUUCCGCAAAUUGUGCGAGCUCUCAGAAUCUCUUCGCUUUCCGCUUCUCCGCAAUCAGCCGCAGUUUCCACGAAGAAUCCACGAAGGACCUCAUGGGUGGAGAACCUCAUGGGUGGAGAAUGUAUCUUUUUUUGUCGAGUCUGUCGAGGAAGAAGAUAUAUGUAGUGAUGUUAUAUGUAGUAAAAGGCAAGUAAUUUAGUUAAUUUCGUCGAAGAAUCUGUUUUCCUUUAUUCCGCUUAUUUUUAUCUCUACGCUUCGUCCGUGCUUUACGAUAGGAAUCAUGAGAAACUAAGAUAAUCCAAAACGGCCAAUCGAAUACGCGAACGUGAGGGAUCAAUCGAUCUAUCUCUCUUUGUUUUUCACCGUCCAAAUAACAAUCCGAUGCAUAGGAUUUAUAAAUGAGUCAAUUACAUUGUCCGAAGACAAGAUUGUUAUCUCGUUUGCAAUAUUUAUUUUUCUUUUAUCAAAGAUAUGAAAAAAUUGCUAGGAAGUACUCGCAAUAAGUAUUACGCAUAAGUGGACGAGACUAAGAUUCCCUUAUUACAUUUUUAAAGAACAUUAUCGUAAAAAAAAGACGAGCGAACUAAAAUUCAUUUGAUCCGUCACAAACAUGCAUACAUUCCAUACACAUAUGAAUGGAAAGCGAAACAAGUAUAUCUCCCAUUCUUGACUCGUCACGUUUAGGUAUUAGCGGUAUAUUAUUUAUAGAUAUAGAUUGGCAUUAGAUUUGUAAGUGAUUUUGUUAAAUUUACGCGCGAUAAAACUUUCCCUACAGAGUUUCUAAGUACUAUGCUAUACAAUGACUCGUUUGUUUCGAUAAACGACGAUUCGAUCUAGUUUGCUUGCUGCGAAAUGUACAUUUGAAAUUAGUAAAUAACAGAAAAUGCACUUGAGACGUAUCUUGUGUUACACGAGCUAUAAUAAAAAUAUUCUCGAAAAACUUCAUAUAUAUAUAUAUAGAUAAAUAUAUAUAAUAUACACACUCACGUUUUAAAAAUGUUUAAAGGCACUAUACUUAAUUUUUUUCUCAAAGGCAAAAAGAGUCUAGCUUAAAUAUUGUAUAUCUUUACUUGUUUAAAUUCAUUACGUGUACAAACUCUUAGAGAAUGACAAACUUUGAAUGUUCGAUUCCUUUAAUGCAACUUUUUUAGUCUUGUGCUAAAUUGUAUGGUUUAUGCAAAUUUUAAUAGAUUUUCAGAAUCUCCAUACGUAUAAAAUUAAAAAGUUAAUGAGAUUUUUGAAUACCUUUCCCCCUAUGCAUACUAAACGGAAAAUAAUUAUAAAGUACAAAACAUUUCUUAUAAUUUAAUUAAAUAACUAAUUAUAAUGCGCGAUAAAGGGAUGCCACGGAAAAUAAUCGGAUUAGAUUUAUAUGAAAUUUAUUUAAGAAGAAAAAUUUUUUCUUGCAAUUUUAUAAUAUUUUAACGUAAGAGAGAGACGUACGAUUUUAUAUAAUUUUUCUAAACAUUACGAAUAAACAACAUGCUACAUGUGCAUGUGUUUGUUCAGCUUAUAAUAUAUAAUUUACCUAUGAACAAUACAAAUAUGGUGCUAUUGUUACAAAUAUAGUGUUGUAAUGAUAAGUCGCAACACAAUACAUACAAAUACAUCUAUCUACACACACUCACACACACACACACACACACACACACACACACACACACACACACAUACACACUCACACACACACACACAUACACACACACACGUAUGUACAUACAUACGUACAUAAACUAGAUAAGCUCAAUCAACAUUUUUUCGUAAUGCUGCAAUUUUAACCGUAAUCGUCCUUCAAAAUUUUCAAAAUUGUCGUCCCUAAAAUAUCGUAUACCGAUUAUAUUUGUUCAUAUGCAAGAAGAAACGUUGCAUCAUCGAAAUAGACAUGUAAGAUAAUAUUUACUGUAAUGUUAUGAUAUUAUCAUAAAAAUUGCAUGUGUAUACGGAGAACUUUGUAAAGACAUUGACCAUUUAACACGAAGAAGAAAUAAGAUUUUGCUGCCCAUUUUUGACAUAAUUGUAUUAUUAUUAAGGUAUCAUGAGAACUUGAGACACUAUUCUGAAGCUCAGUUGAAACUCAAUUUAAAUGAUGGCGAAUUUAAUGAGUUCAUUAAAUUUUAUAUCGAGGUUAAUUGAAUUUUUAAUAAAAGCAUCGAGCAUUUUUUUAACUCAAUUGUGAAUUCGACAAAGAUAAAUGAGUACGCAGGACCAUAUAUUUUAAUAUAAAUUUUUUACUUAUGAAAAAAACAAUUUAUUAUUGUCUUAAAUUCAAUUAUUAUCAAGAGAUAAAUUGACUACAUUGUAAAGUUAAUUGUGUGGAUGAAAAGAAAUCGGCAAAAGAUGCAUCGCACAUGUCUCUAUUUUAUAUAAAUGUAUAAUCUAUACCAACGCGCGUGUGCAUAUAUUGGUUUUACUCAUUAGCCGGAAAAGACAAAUUUUUUUACGUUAUAUGGACUCCCAACGUCACGUAUGUAAUAUUGAAGUAUCACAUGUAAAUUCUUCAAAUGAACUAUCCCCCAUACUAGUAGUGUACUAUUACAAUUAAGUAAAUGCUCAAUAUAGCGCACCGUUCCUCGCAUAUUAUGAACUUGGAGUCAAACAAAAGAAAAGGGAAAGACGAGUGGAACGUUCCUGCUUAUAGAUGUGUCAUAGAACGCGAAAAGGUACAGCGUAGUGAAUCCGAAAAUACAAUUAAUAACCACUCGGAACAAAAGAAUUGAAUUUCGGCGUUUUUCCAGAUCGCAAAGAAUGCUACUUUCAUGAGGGUUUUGGUCUUUAGAGGCUAGACAAUACGUUCGUCAUUUAGUAUAGUGUACAUUCCUGUUUUUCCCCCUCCGUAUUAGCAAUUAAGGUUCGGUCUUCCACCGCUGUGACAUUUAUCGAAUCACGUCGUACAUCAUUCUCAUUCGACUCAAUGUUAAUAUCCACGAAUAUUUGUGAUUAAAGCGAAGUUAUGAAAUAAAAUUAGUACGUUAAGAAAGUGUACUCUUUUUGGGAAAGUGCAAUAAAAAUGUGGGAAAUAAUUGUA